AUAUUUAGCAGAUAGUGGACUAGAUGAUAGCGCAGACAAUACAGAACCACGAUUAAUAUUUAAAGAGUUCAUUAUUGAACCACGAUUACGUCACCUCCUAUCAGGUUGGUGUAUUGAUAAUAGUAGCUUUUCUUCAAUACAUGUUUUAAAUAAUGCGCAGGAUGAUGAUCAAGAUAUUGAUGAUAGAAAUUUAACACACUCCAAUUGUACUGAAAUUAAACUUGGAUCGAAGUGGAAUAAGCAUAAAAUUGAAAGUGCUGGAUUUAUUUCUACAAACCUUGAAAAUAAUGGACUUUUGGAAAGCAUUAUGCGAGUAUAUUCUUCUUAUUUUUCUUGGGAACAAGCUUUAUUAAAGACAAAGUUAUGCAUUAGUGAAGCAGUUGAAACAACUCUGUCUGCUGAUAGCCAAUCUGCAUUUGGAAUUAUUAAAGGGAUAAUUGAACACACAUGGAACGAUGAUCAAGUUUAUGUGUUUAUUUAUUUGGACUGGUUAGAAGAUCUUAAAAAAUGUGAUAAUUUAUUAGGUUGUCCUAUCUAUUGUCUCCAACACACAUGCAAUAAUUUCUGGGAUCGAAUUCAUCUAAUUUCCAUCGUAUCCAAGUCACCAAAUGUUCCAUUCGUCCAUUAUUGUAAGGCAGGAUGCUUUUCACAAUGA